AUGGAGUGGCUAGUGUCGGCUGUAGAGAAGGACUGUCGGCAGCUGGGUCCAGGGCCCCGGCCUCAAGAGCUGGUGGCCCUGGUCCCCACCCGCUGGGUGAUGGGCCUAAGGGAGAGGAGGGUCAUCCGUUGUGCCCGUUCAGAGAGCGCCAGUGAGGCAGAGAUUCGCACCUAUCUCCAGCGCUCCCUGGUGAAGCUGCCUCCUGGCUGGACCCGUGUGUGCAUCCAGGGCCUGAGGAAGAGCAAGCUGAGCUACAGGCUGGCAAGGGACCCAGGCUGCCAACUAGUCUCCCAGGAUUCUUUCAUGAAGACCAUUCAGGGGGUAUCACAAUGUAAUUUCAGGUCCUGUUCCAAUUUUUUUGGUCAACUUUAAUUGCGAAAUAACAGCAUUAUACAGUAUUUUAAGCAUUUACAUUCAAAUGUAAAACUCCUAAGAAAUGAUUUGUAAAAUGUUGCCCUGCAUUUAUGAAUGUGUGAUAAAAAAUGGUUGAGAGUCGUUACGUACUCAUAUCUGUUUUGGUCCUUUCACAGAAACCUGUGGUGCGAGGCUCAUCACAGCCACGUGCAGCCCUAUGCAGGGGCUACGUAGCAGAUACAUGUAGCAGCCAUAGAUGCUGUGCGCCAAGCGCUGCAGAAGCUCUUCGCUCUACGUUCGUCUCCAUCCCCGUGUCGCCAUCCCUCUCCUCUGCCAGAGACAAGGACAAAGACAACCCAUUCUCCCCAAGCAGCUCCUCCUCCUCUAAGCACCCCUCAGACCAACUGUGUCCUAACGUCCUCUCUGCUGAGUGCCUACUGGAGUCAGCAGACUUGCUCUACGUGGUUCUCCCCUACACCCAGUACUCACUCCACAACAUUGUCACCUACAGCCCAGCCAAGCUGGCCAACAGCCAUGCCAAAGUGCUGUUCAUCCUCUACCAGUUACUGAUCGCGUUGCGGGCCUGUCAGGUGUCGGGGCUGUCCUGUGGAGAGCUCUCCCUGCAGGACAUAGCGGUGGACGAGCAGCUCUGCAGCUGCCUCAAGGUCACCCUGGCCCAUUAUGAAGAGCUGGGGGAGGACAGAGAGGCUGACUGCUAUGUUACUGAGGGAAAAGUGCCAAGAAGCAUCAAGGCGAGGGAGCAGGGCCCAGAUGUGAAAAGUGACUGUGAUAAGAGGCUGUGCAGAGAUUGUUUCGAUGAGCUCAAGUCCUUGGUCCUGGACUGGGUCCAUGGUAGAGUCAGCAACUUCCGCUACCUGAUGGGGCUGAACAGGUUAGCUGGACAUUUACAUUACAUUUUAGUCAUUUAGCAGACGUUCUUAUCCAGAGCGACUUACAGUUAGUGAAUGCAUACAUGUUUUUAUUUUAUUUUAUUUUUUAUACUGGCCCCCGUGGGAAACGAACCCACAUCCCUGCCGGCCAAACCCUCCCCUACCUUGGACGACGCUGGACCAAUUGUGCGCCGCCCAUGGGUUUCCCGGUCGUGGCCGGCUGCGACAGAGCCGGCCGCGGCAGGGUGACCUUGAGGCGGCUGCAGAGCUGCUCGUCCACCGCUAUGUCCUGCAGGGAGAGCUCUCCACAGGAGACCACUGCGCCACUCGGGAGUCUAAGAAGGGAGGGAGACCCUAACUACCACCCGGUCCUGCCCUGGGUGGUGGACUUCACUGUGCCAUAUGGGAGGUUCCGGGACCUCAGGCGGUCCAAGUUCAGGCUUAAUAAAGGAGACAAGCAGCUGGACUUUACCUAUGAGAUGACCAAAGAGGCCCUUUCAGCAGUGGUGGCUAACGGAGGAGGGGCAGUCAGUAUUAUAGGAGACUUGGGUCUGGGUGGGUCUGUAGGCGCCAGUGGUUCAGGGCAGUCUGAACACCUACACGUGCCCCAUCAAAUCUCAGACGUGUUGUCAGACAUCACCUACUACGUCUACAGGGCCCGGCAGACACCCAUGUCAGGUCUCAGUGGGAACCGAACGAAUACCCAGCCAGUAUGGAACGCAUCCAGAGCUGGACCCCGGAUGAAUGUAUCCCAGAGUUCUACACAGAUCACUCCAUAUUCUGCUCCAUCCACCCUGACAUGCCGGAUCUGGAAGUUCCCCCAUGGUGUAACUCCUGUGAGGAGUUAAUCGAGGUGCCUAGAGGUGUCUCAGCAGCUGCACUACUGCUGUCCGGUAAAGAAGCCGUCAAGGCCAAGAACGUGUGCCUGCACCUGGUGGAUAACCACACCCAUCUGACCAGCUACGGGGAGGUCCAGCUGUUUGACCAGCCCCACCCACCCCGCCUUGCACCUUACCAGUACUCACCACCUGAAUCCCCUCUCCUGGGCCCCGCCAUUCUCAAUGUGCCUCCUCUACAGAUCCCACCGCUAGAUGCCAUGGUGGACGGAAUGGUCCCAGAGGCCACGGGGUGUGAGUCAAGUGGCUGGACCAUGGUGGACCGAGAUGAAGAGCUAGAACAAGGUAUGGAGGCUCUGGACUCACUCAGUGGAGGGACCUCCACUGGCACCUCCACUACCUUCUCUGUCCCUCUACCUCUCAUCAGCACAGCAAGGUCUGGGGGGAAGACUGGAGGAGAGCAACCAGCCAUGGUGGUGUCCCAGUCGCCCAGCUCUUUCUCAGGGGAGGGGGCAUCAGGUAAUGCCACCAGCGCCCUGGGCUCUGGCAUACGCAGUGCCAUGGUACAGAGAGGGGGCACCAUAAACAAGAAGCACGCAGAGGGCAGUGUGAGUGGUGCCAACAACACAGAAGACUUCAAGAUCACCCUGCCUGAGGGCUUCAGUCCACUUCAACCUCUUGAAGAGCUGGAGAAACUGAACAACUUUCUGGUGAAGAGCCUGCAUGCACAAGUCUGGCACCAAUCUGACUCCAGGAAGGAGAGGACAGGAGCGCCACAAUGUCUCCCCUCUCUAGCAGAACUCUACCAGAGGGACAUGCAGGCUCUGGGCGUCCUCAUAGCAGAGAUCUUCUACUCGUCUAAACUGCGGGGCGUGAAACCAGGCACCCCCCUGAGUGAGCGCUUCCAGGCUGUGAUAAAGCUAUGUUCGGCCAGCCUGCGUGACGUUCCCCUGCCACUGCAUCACGCUCUGGAAACACUGAUACAUCUACGCCAGCACUCCUCCAAAGCCAACGUAGAGAAACCAUGUUGUCCUCACCCUCUUCUUUUUAAAUACGACCCCAUUUAUGAGGGUCUCCCGCCCCCAAACCCCUGUCAGUUACUGAGCCCCAUCCUCUCCCCGUUGCCUUUCCCCACCUAUUUCCCUGCCCUCCACCAUUUCAUCUACUCCUACCAUUCCAAGAUGGAGACCACCUGCAGCCUUCAAGGUCACGAUGUGGUCUUCCACCUAUGGCAGCAGCUGGAGACACUGUUACAGGGAGUCAUCACAGCUGAGGGGCUGGAGCUCCUCCUGCCCUUUGUGCUGGCGCUCAUGCUAGAGGAGUCCACUGCUGUGUAUGCUGCCUGGUACCUGUUUGAGCCCAUCUCUAGGGUACUCGGGCCCAGAAACGCGGCCAAGUAUCUCCUGAAGAGAGGGGAAAAUGGGGAGAGAUCAACAAUGUCUGUCUCUUAUAGACACUGGCGCAGCCUGCCAGUGAUGUUGGACUCAGUGUCUGUAGCUGGCCACUGUGGACAUGUAGGUUGGUGUGUAAGCACUGAAGACGCUAACUGUAGUUGGGCUGUAGGCCGUGCCAAUGUUUGUGAUGACUGUUUUGUAGACCAAUGUGGUUUCAGUGUUGAAGGGUCCGACAUGCAUUGCUCCCGAGUUAGACAAAGAGGUGUAGAAUGCCACCUUGGGUCUGCCUGCGCUGUUGACACAGGAGAGAACACAAAAUGAAGAAUUGUAAAUAUUGUUCAAUACAUCAAGUUUGUUCAAUAAAUCAUGUUGAACUGGAUUUAUUGAACAAUAUUUACAGUUUUUUGCAUAACAUUUGUGUUAAGUUCACAUCUGUUUUACCUGCAUUCUGACUUCAGAUCCCACAACUGGCUCUCACUGGUUGUCAUUCUGGCCUCCAAGGCUAAAAUACCAAAGGAAAAAAACAUUCAACAUUGAAAAACAAUUAGGCCUAUUUGCUCAAAAGUGCACUUGGAAGACCUCCCACAUCCCACUGUCACAGUCUGAAAUAUACCCUACUCUUGUUUGUAGCAAAUAACUGUAAGUCGCUCUGGAUAAGAGCAUCUGCUAAAUGACUAAAAUGUAAAAACAAAAAUGUAAAUGUUAUUUUAAUGGACAAAAAAAGUUGCUUUUCUUUCGAAAACAAUGACAUUUCUAAGUGACCCCAAACUUUUGAACGGUAGUGUACUAUAAUAUGAAAAUACUACAUUUUAUGUCUAAAAAGCAAUAUCCAUCUUACCUCUAUAUUGUUUGUUUUAUGUCCUGCAGAUUCGAGAAGAAAGAUGACGAGUUCAACGGGAAAGUGAGCCAGGUAGCCUGUAGCCUUAAUUCUGGCAUAGAAUCCAGCCUAGCUGACGCGAUGCAAUUUUCCUGAUUUUUGACCAAAAAAAUUCUCAGGCCUCCAUUGAUUUAGUCACUAAUUCUGGCCAUCCUACUACAUGAUAUUAUCUUAACAUCUUCAACUGUUCUAAAAGGUGUAUGUUCUCUCACAUCACUCCUUGACUACAGUAGAUUAAUCAUACACAUGCACACUAUUUGCAUGUGGAUGAUAAACACCUUUGGUUUGAGUUGGUUUGCGGUAGUGCUCCUUUCAGUGUAGGUCCUAAUUAAAUCAGAUUUUAUUUGUCACAUACACGUGUUUAGCAGAUGUUAUUGCGGGUGUAGCGAAAUGCUUGUGCUUCUAGCUCCGACAGUGCAGUAAUAUCUAACAAGUAAUAUCAAACAAUUUCACAACAUAUACCCAAUACACACAAAUCUAAGUAAGGAAUGGAAUUAAGAAUAUAUACAUAUAUGGAUGAGCAAUGACAGAGCGGCAUGGACUAAGAUACAGUAGAAUAGUAUAGAAUAGUAUAAUGAGACUCUACCAGUGUUCUUGGUCUUCAGCUCCUCCAUCUGUUUCUCACUGUCCCUCAGUUUGGCCUCCAUGUUUCUCAGCUCCACUGUCUGUUCCGCCACCAUGUCUCACAGCGAUCUCAUUUCAGUCCAGAUGUCAGGGCUGAGACUUUCACUCCCUUUGACCGUCGCUCCACUAUCCCUACACUACACACAUCCAGAAAAUACCAAGUUGAAUGCUACAGUGCUGGACUUUGCCCUGGACAAAUGUAGCCUGAAAUCCAGACCUAUUUUCUGCUAACAUUACACUCUUUCAAAUCAAAAUCAAAUCAAAUUGUAUUUGUCACAUGCGCCGAAUACAACAGGUGUAGACCUUACCGUGAAAUGCUUACUUACAAGCCCUUAACCAACAAUGCAGUUUUAAGAAAAUAGAGAUAAGAAAAUAUUUACAAAAAUAAUAACAAUAAUUUUUUGUUUUAUUUUACCUUUAUUUAACUAGGCAAGUCAGUUAAGAACAAAUUCUUAUUUACAAUGACGGCAUACACCGGCCAAACCCGGACGACGCUGGGCCAAUUGUGCGCCACCCUAUGGGACUCCCAAUCAGGGCCGGUUGUGAUACAGCCUGGAAUCGAACCAGGGGGUCUGUAGUGACGCCUCAAGCACUGAGAUGCAGUGUCUUAGACCGCUGCGCCACUCGGGAGCCCAGUAAUAAUGAGGCUAUAUACAGGGGGUACCGGUACCAAGUCAAUGUGCGGGGGUACAGGUUAGUCAAGGUAAUUUGUACGUGUAGGUAGGGGUAAAGUGCUCUGCCUUAUGCGAAACAAUGUUUGGAGUGGAAUGUUACCACAAACAGACUUCUACACAGGCUAGGACAAAUGAGUGCUGAACUGAACUUUACCCCCACAUGAACAGGCAUGGCAGCAGAUUUCAAGUUUUAGUUGCUCAUUGUGUUUGAUAUCUCACCCCCCACUGGGAAUGGGCUUUGGCAGAGGGGGCGAGGAUUUUGUUAGGAGAGAUUGGAAAGCAUUUUCCCCCAGAACCCAAAUCGAUUAGUGAGAGAUUUGGUUUUGGGUGCAGAGAAUAUCAGUUGUCAUUGUUGUGUUGACUGUAUAACACUGAUAACUGAUUUCUCCCUACAGACACAGUCUGCAAGACCGUUAGAUGGCUGUCUGCAGAGCUUGGACCCACAGUGACGUCUCGAUAUCUGGCCAGGAAUCAGCUCCGGCUGCUCACCACCUGCUACAUUGGAGAGUAACUGAUGGAUAGUUGGCACGAAAAGGACUUUCAAAUACUGAAAGAGUUUGCUGUAACGGUUCUUACAUACUAUAGAAAACACCAAGUCACCACACUAUCUAUUGUCCUGGUUGAAAUAUGACACAAUCAGCCAGUUCACACUUCUAAAUAAAUGUGACUGUGCUUACUACAGAGAUCCUAUUAAAUUAGGAUAUCCCUAUUAAAUCAGGGAUUAUAUAUGUCAUUCUAUAGUGCCUACGGUUGAAAAUGGAAAUGUCAUAGUUUUUAUCCCUCAAGUGUAUGCACUCGCUCUCGUCUCCCUCAAACCAACCAGGCCCUGAGAAGCACCAGUUUGUGGCUCCGGUGGUGUCGGAGGAGAGCAGCCUGGAGUGUGUUGGGAUGGGCAGUGUGUAUGAGAAGAAGCCUGUGGUAGGAGACCAGACAGCAGGACCAGUUCUGGACUGUCUCAUCUAUAUCGCACACCUCUAUGGAGAGCCUGUACUCACCUACCAGUACCUGCCCUACAUUGGAUACCUGGUAAUACUGUCUUUUAUUUCAAUGCCCUCGCUAUGGGUGCAUCUCAAAUGGCUCCCUAUUUCCUAUAUAGUUGACUAUUUUUGACCAGGGUCCGGUGCCAUUUGAGUAGGGCUGACCCCAUUUAGUCGACUGGUCGAUUGUUUGGUCGAUAGGCUGUUGGGCGACCGAGAUGUUUUUAGUAGAGCAGUGGCAAAUAGAUAAAAAAAUAUUAUGGCACACGAGACAGCUGUCUGAUUCACGCCUGUCUGAGUGGACUAAUCCAUUGUGGAGGCACACCAGUAUCACCUGUAGUACAUUUACCCUUAAUUACCAUCAUUUAUCAUCUACAAUGUUUGUUUGGUUACUGUAAUUUCUGUUAAUGCAUUCAAUAUAUUAUUAUUACAUUCUUACCUUUGUCAUUGUAGGAGUGGAUACGUUGUUUGCAGAGCACACAACCUAGGCUACACUUGUGAGAAAAAAGUUUUGGUUUAUUUCAUUCCAUUUACGAGUUUUGUUUGGAGCGCUCCUGUCAAUCUUGAGUAAGGACACGCACUUGAUUAUGCAUAGAAGUAGGCCUAGGCUACCUGGCCUGUGCACAAAUGUAGGCUUAUAAAUGUGCCCAUUUGGGGAUCUGAUAGUAUUUCUGGUUGUCUUAACUCACUGAGGGGGGAGCUUGGAGUUUAGUCAAAGUGAAAUUCUCACACUCCAAUUUUUACCUUGGCACUCACAGCCAAGGUAAAAACCCUAGAUUCGAACAUGGAUUGCCUACUCACGGAAAGCAGGGUGAUGAGGGAGUCGCUACUAGACAUACAAACCUGAAACGUGUGAAAAUCUAAUAUUUUCUGGGAUUCCUGAGGACACAUCCAAUAAUCCAGAGGGUGCGAUCAGAGAGUUCAUGCAGUCUGCCUUAAAAUUUCCUCUAGAGACUGUAAACAAGGUGGAUUUCCACCAAGUGCACAGUCUUGGAGCUUCAAGACCAAGGGUCCCCGACCUAUCAUCGCAAAAUUUGAACACUACCAACAAAAGGAUCUGAUCAAAAGCAGGGGAAGGGAGCUUAAAGGGACCAAAUUCGGUCUCAAUUACAAAUUUCCCCUGGAGAGAAACGAACGUCGCAAGAGGCUGUAUCUUGUACAGAGGCAACAGAGGGAGAGGGGUAAGCGUGCCUUUCUCAUUGUGGACAAACUCUUUAUAGACGGACAGCUUUUCAGAGACAGCUCCAUAACACCAUGGCUGUGCUAAACUCUACGGGGACAUCAGGUUACAGAAAAAAAUAAUGGGGACUGUGAAAUUUCAGAACAAAAUGAAGUUGAUACAGUGAGGGGAAAAAAGUAUUUGAUCCAAUGCUGAUUUUGUACGUUUGCCCACUGACAAAGACAUGAUCAGUCUAUAAUUUUAAUGGUAGGUUUAUUUGAACAGUGAGAGACAGAAUAACAACAACAAAAAAUCCAGAAAAAAGCAUGUCAAAAAUUUUAUAAAUUGAUUUGCAUUUUAAUGAGGGAAAUAAGUAUUUGACCCCUCUGCAAAACAUGACUUAGUACUUGGUGGCAAAACCCUUGUUGGCAAUCACAGAGGUCAGACGUUUCUUGUAGUUGGCCACCAGGUUUGCAAACAUCUCAGGAGGGAUUUUGUCCCACUCCUCUUUGCAGAUCUUCUCCAAGUCAUUAAGGUUUCGAGCCUGACGUUUGGCAAUUCGAACCUUCAGCUCCCUCCACAUAUUUUCUAUGGGAUUAAGGUCUGGAGACUGGCUAGGCCACUCCAGGACCUUAAUGUGCUUCUUCUUGAGCCACUCCUUUGUUGCCUUGGUCAUCUGUUUUGGGUCAUUGUCAUGCUGGAAUACCCAUCCACGACCCAUUUUCAAUGCCCUGGCUGAGGGAAGGAGGUUCUCACCCAAGAUUUGACGUCCAUCGUCCCUUUGUUACAAAAAUGAAGUCUCCAACACAGGAACGCUACCAAAAAUAAUGUGCAGAAACUCGUUACUAAAGAUGGAGUCAUCCAUGAUUCUCCGAAUGAUAUUUCAAAAGAGGAAGCUAAAUAUUUUAAGCCGAUGUUUUCUUUUCCGUCUCAUCCUCACCCUCUGCAUAACGAUUACUGUAAGGAAUAAUUUCCAAAUAAUUAAAAAAAGGACAAAUUUACAAAUGCACAAAAAGAUCAGUGUGAAGGCCAAAUUACAGAGGAUUAACUUUUUGAGGCUAUUAAAUCCUUUCGGUCUGGAAAACUCCCAGGGCUUGAUGGCAUACCAGUAGAGGUAUAUUGUAUUUUCUGAUAUACUCAAAGCUCCAUUAUUAGCUUGUUUUAACUGCUCCUAUAGAAAUGGUAGACUGUCAGGUACUCAGCAGGAAGGUCUGAUUUCACUAUUAUUAAAACAAGACCCAGUGUAAGGGAUCGGGGGUUGGCUGGGUCUAGACAGAGUCUGACAUUUCCCCGAUCUACAGAGAGGGGGAGUCAUCAGACUCGAUCUGGUUCACCUGAGUUCUGAGCACACCUGUCCGUAAUUAGGGUAGGAUAUAAGGUGUGCUCAGAGGUUCAGUCGGUGCGAGGUAUUGUUCCUUUGUGACUUGCUAAGCGUUUUGUUCCGAGAGAGAGAGAGAGAGAGAGAGAGUUUGUUGUUUUUGAUUACCCGUGUAUCCGACCUGUGCCUUGUUGUUUGACUUCCCGAAUUGCUUAAUCCUCUACUUGUCUACCCCAGUGAUUACCGUUCUCUGAUCCUGUGCCUGUGACCUCGACUACGACUAAGCCCGCUCCUUUGGUACCUCUGCCUGUCUAUGCCUGGCCCGGUUUUGACCACAGCCCGCCCGACCACGAUUAAGCUAUUCCCUUGUCUGUACUCUAAUAAAGCAUCGCUAUUCUGCGAUUGGAUCUUACUACUCUGUCCGAGUAUUCAUUACACCCAGAUGGCAAAUAUAAAGAUCCAGUCUAUCUAAAAAACUGGAGGUCUCUUACACGUCAAUGUUGUGAUGCAAAAAUACUAGCAAAAUGCAUAGCACUCAGGAUUAAAAAGGUUUGACCAGGUAUUGUUCAUCCUGAUCAGACACGUUUUUUACAUGGACGAUACAUUGGAGACAAUAUACGACAACUACUAGAAAUAAUAGAACAAUGUGAAACAUCUAAGAAGCCAGGCCUGGUAUUCACAGCGGAUUUUGAAAAGGCCUUUGAUAAAGUAAGACUGGAUUUUAUAUACAGUGCAUUCGGAAAGUAUUCAGACCCCUUGACUUUUUCCACGUUGUUACCUUACAGCCUUAUUCUAAAAUUGAUUAAAUUGUUUUUUCCCUCAUCAAUCUACACACAAUACUCAGUACUUUGUUGAAGCACCUUUGGCAGCGAUUACAGCCUUGAGUCUUCUUGGGUAUGACACUACAAGCUUGGCACACCUGUAUUUGGGGAGUUUCUUCCAUUCUUCGCUGCAGAUCCUCUCAAGCUCUGUCAGGUUGGAUGUCGCUGCACAGCUAUUUUCAGGUCUCUCCAGAGAUGUUCGAUCGGGUUCAAGUCCGGGCUCUGGCUGGGCCACUGAAGGACAUUCAUAGACGAAGCCACACCUGCAUUGUCUCCUGACUAGUCUCCCAGUUCUUGCUGCUGAAAAACAUCCCCACAGCAUGAUGUUGCCACCACCAUGCUUCACCGUAGGGAUGGUAUUAGCCAGGUGACGAGCGGUGCCUGGUUUCCUCCAGAUGUGACACUUGUCAUUCAGGCCAAAGAGUUCAGUCUUGGUUUCAUCAGACCAGAGAAUAUUGUUUCUCAUGGUCUGAGAGUCCUUUAGGUGCCUUUUGGCAAACUCCAAGCGGGCUGUCAUGUGCCUUUUACUGAGGAGUGGCUUCUGUCUGGCCACUCUACCAAAAAGGCCUGAUUGGUGGAAUGCUGCAGAGAUGGUUGUCCUUCUGGAAGGUUCUCCCAUCUCCACAGAGGAACUCUGGUGCUCUGUCAGAGUGACCAUCAGGUUCUUGGUCACCUCCCUGACCAAGGCCCUUCUCCCCCGAUUGCUCAGUUUGGCCGUGCGGCCAGCUCUAGGAGGAGUCUUGGUGGAUCCAAACUUCUUCCAUUUAAGAAUGAUGGAGGCCACUGUGUUCUUGGGGACCUUCAAUGUUGCAGAAAUGUGUUGGUACCCUUCCCCAGAUCUGUGCCUUGACAGAAUCCUGUCUCGGAGCUCUACGGACAAUUCCUUAGACAGGUGUGUGCCUUUCCAAAUCAUGUCCAAUCAAUUUAAUUUACCACAGGUGGGCUCCAAUCAAUCAAAUUGUAGAAACAUCUCAAGGAUGAUCAAUGGAAACGGGAUGCACCUGAGUUCAAUUUCAAGUCUCAUAGCAAAAGGUCUGAAUACUUAUGUAAAUAAGGUAUUUCUGUUUUCUAUUUGUAAUACAUUUGCAAACAUUUCUAAAAACCAGUUUUUAUUUUGUCAUUAUGGGGUAUUGUGUGUAGAUUGAUGAGGCAACAAAAAAAAAUGUAAUCAAUGUAAGGCUGUAACGUAACAAAAUGUGGAAAAGGUGAAGAGGUCUGAAUACUUUCCGACUGCACUGUAUAAAUGCCUGGAUUUUUUUCAAAUUUGGUGAGUCUCUUAUUCAAUGGGUAAAAGUAAUGUAUAGCAACCCCAGGUGUAAAAUAGUAAAUAGCGGCAACAUCUCCGAGUUUUGAACUGUCAAGAGGAGUUAAACAAGGGUGUCCGCUGUCACCAUAUCUAUUCGUUAUGGCCAUUGAAAUGUUAGCUAUUAAAAUCAUAUCAAAUAAAACAACAUUAGAGGAUUAAAAAUCCAAGGCUUAAAAACAAAGGUGUCCAUGUAUGCCGAUGACUCAAGUUUUAUAUUAUGUCUGCAAGCUAGAUCCCUGCAAUGUCUCAUUGAAGAUCAAGAUAACCUUUCUGGCAUCUCUGGACUAAAACCUAAUUAUGAUAAUUAUAUUACGUAUUGGAUCUAUUAGGAAACACAACUUUUACAUUAUCCUGCAGUUUACCUAUAAAAUGGGCUGACAUUGAAGUAGACAUACUUGGUAUUCAUAUCCCAAAAUAUAUAAAUGAGCUCUCCACAAUGAAUUUCAAUAGAAAACUAGUCAAAAUAGACAAGAUCCUGCAACCAUGGAGAGGUAAAUACCUGUCUAUUUAUGGAAAAAUUACACUGAUUAACUCCUUAGUCAUAUAUCAGUUUACUCAUUUAUGGCGCUGCCUACUCCUGAUGAUUUUUUUUCAAAUCAUAUGAGCAAAAAUAUUUUGCUUUGUCUGGGAUGCUAAACCAGACAAGAUAAAGCAUGCCUAUCUAUAUAAUGAAUAUGAACUGGGUAGGUUGAGAUUAUUACAUAUAAAAGCACUAAACAUCUCUCUAAAAGCUUCACUUAUACAAAAGUUUUACUUGAACCCUAAAAUGGUUCUCAAGUAGAUUAAUAAGAAAAGCUCAUCCAUUGUUUUAAAAUGGCCUUCUUGCCUUUUGUGCAGAUUGCCAUGUCACAUUUUUUAUUCAUUGAAAAUUAAACCUUCAAAGUAUCUAUUUUUCAAGUAUUGCAGAGCUGGUUACGAUUUGAAUUUCAUCCCCCAGAAAAGAUAGAACAAAUAUUAUGGUUGAACUCAAAUGUGCUGGUUGGUAAAAGAGCUUUAAUUAUGGUAUUUCGUUUUUUAAAUGAUAUUGUAAAUUGGAAUGGUGGAGUUAUAUAUUUCAUGGAGCUAUCAGAAUUGUAUGGGAAGGUCUGCUCAAUCCAAGAUUACAACCAAUUGAUUACAACAUUACCCCAAAAAUGGAGGAGGCAGUUGGCAGCGGGAGGAGGUAGGGCACUGGUUUGUCUGCCCGAUAUAUAUAAAGGAUCAAAACUGGCAGAGGAUUAUUUUUUUGCAUAAAUAGGAAAGUAUACCAGUUUCAUUUCAGCACCAGGAUGUUCACAGCUGUGCCAUUCAGAUUGCAAAAUGGGUGGGAAGAGAUUUUUGAUGUACCGAUUCCAUGGCACAGAGUAUAUUUGUUGAUAUAUAAAACAACGCAAUAUUCAAGACAUCAUGAUUUUCAGCUAAAAUUAUUGUACAGAAUUCUUGCCACCAACAAAAUGUUGAAUAUUUGGGGCAUACAAUCAUCGCAGCUCUGCAGAUUUUGUUGUGAGGAUACAGAAUCAGUAGACCUUUUGUUCUGGUAUUGCCCUCAGGUUGCCUGAUUCUGGUCUCAGGUUCAGGAAUGGCUGGAAAAGCGUAACAUUAAUCUAAAAUUAACCCUAGAAAUAGCAUUGUUGCGAGAUCUGGAGAGACCUGGUCAGUCAAUUACUAAUAUAUUAAUACUCUUAGUAAAAGUAUUUCUCUUCAACUUGCAAUCUGUGGAUUCUAUUUGAUUAAAUUCAAAUUAAAUGUUAAACAUCACAACAUAGUUGAAAGAUAUAUGGCGCGUAGAAAUCCUAAGAGGGUGGUCAGCAGAGAUGGGUGGGUUGGGCUGAGGGAAAAUGAGGGCUGGGGAUGUGGGAGUGGAGUUGCUGGGCGUGGUAUAGAAUGACGGUCAAAGAUAAAAGUAAAAAAUGAAGUCAAAAUAAACACACAAAAGUAAGUUUGAAUGACACUGAGAAGCAACGCUGUUACAUCCAAUGCCUGUUUGCCUGAGGCUGAUGUCGCGCAGGUGCUUGUACGCGUGUACAUAUAAUAGUGCCCCACGUACACUCAAACGCAUACAGCACAGUCGGCCUUGCUGUUUUGGUUGAGGGGCAGCUCUCAGGGAACUGUGGGGGGAUCUUGGAUGGUUGGUGACCUGGCGGUUGGGAGCUUGGGCCGGUGGCCGAUAGGUCGCUGGUUCGGGUGUCCCGAUUUGACUUGGUAGGAGAUCUGUCGACGUGCCCUUGGGCGGGGCGCUUGACCCUGGUUGCUCAUGUGGGUCGCUCUGGAUGGGAGUCUGCUAGAUGACUGAAUGUAAUGUAAAUGUUGAGCGGCUUCACUGCAGGUAGAUUGUAUGUUUUUAAUAUUGAAUAAAAAGUUAAUAGUUGAUACAAUGUUUUAAGGUCCUUGCAGACAGGCAAUGCAUAGCCAAUGUGAUUAUAUUUUUUUGUUGGUACUUUCUACACCUUUUUACCCCUUUUUCUCCCCAAUUGGUAGUUACAGUCUUGUCCCAUCGCUGCAACUCCCGUACGGACUCGGGAGAGGCGAAGGUCGAGAGCCAUGUGUCCUCCGAAACACAACCCCGCCAAGCUGUACUGCUUCUUGACACACACUGCUUGCUUAACCCGGAAACCAGUCGCACCAAUGUGUCGGAGGAAACACUGUACAGCUGGAAACCGAAGUCAGCGUGCAUACGCCCGGCCCGCCACAAGGAGUCGCUAGAGCACGAUGGGUUAAGGACAUCCCGGCCGGCCAAACCCUCCACUAACCCGGACGACGCUGGGCCAAUUGUGCGCCGCCUCAUGGGUCUCCCAGUAGAUACAUACUAACAACUCAACAAGAUCUCAUAGUUUCCCUUCGAAAUUCGAUGUAUUAUGGAUGAAUGUCUAUUUUUGAUUAAUUCCACGUGGUUACAGGGUUAAAACAGAAACUCGCGAGGCCAUGAAAGAACUGGAACAUUUUCAGCUUCCAGGAAUUGUGUACAGAUCCUUGCGACAUGGGGCCAUGCGUUAUCAUGCUGAAACAUGAGGUGAUCUCGUUACGGUAUCUCUGUGCAUUAGAAUUGCCAUUGAUAAAAUGCAAUUGUGCUUAUGCCUACCGAUACCAUAACCCCACCGCCACCAUGGUGCACUCUUUUCACAACGUUGACAUCAGCAAACCGCUCGCCCACAUGACGCCAUACACACUGACUACCAUCUGCCCAGUACAGUUGAAACCGGGAUUAAUCCGUGAAGAACACGAAGACAGUGGGCAUCGAAGGUGAGCAUUUGCCCACUGAAGUCAGUUACGAUGCCGAACUUCGGUCAGGUCAAGACCCUGGUGAGGACGACGAGCACGCAGAUGAGCUUCCCUGAGACGGUUUCUGACAGUUUGUGCAGAAAUUAUUCGAUUGUGCAAACCCACAGUUUCAUCAGCUGUCCAGGUGGCUGGGCUCAAACGAUCCCGCAGGGGAAUAAGAUGGAUGUGGAGGUCCUGGGCUGGCGUGGUUACACAUGGUCUACUGUUGUGAGGCCGGUUGGACGUACUGCCAAAUUCUCUAAAAUGACGUUGGAGACGGCUUAUGGUAGAGAAAUUAACAUUCAAUUCUCUGGCAACAGCUCUGGUGGACAUUCCUGCAGAAAGCAUGCCAAUUGCAUGCUCCCUCAAAACUUGAGACAUCUGUGGCAUUGUGUUGUGUGACAAAACUACACAUUUUAGUGGCCUUUUAUUGUCCCCAGCACAAGGUGCACCUGUGUAAUGAGCAUGCUGUUUAGUCAGCCUCUUGAUAUGCCACACCUGUCAGGUGGAUGGAUUAUCUUGGCAAAGGAUGGGACCAACACUUUACAUGUUGCGUUUUAUAUUUUUCUUCAGUGUAACAUUACAUUUACAUUUUACAUUUUAGUUAUUUAGCAGACGCUCUUAUCCAGAGCGACUUACAGGAGCAAUUAGGGUUAAGUGCCUUGCUCAAGGGCACAUCGACAGAUUUUUCACCUAGUCGGCUCGGGGAUUAGAACCAGCGACCUUUCGGUUACUGGCACUACGCUCUUAACCACUAAGCUACUUGCCGCCCCGGCAAGUAGCAUCAGACCUUGGAGAUGGAAACAUAUGCAAGGAAACAUUAUUUCCCAUAUAAAUUCACAUACAGUGUUACAUUGAAAAGAAAUAGACUUUGUGUAUAAUGUGAAACAGUGUUCUAUUGAAUCUGCCACUCUGUGUUCUGUACUCAGGUUCCCCAGUUGAGUGCAGACACGUUCAGCUGUGUGUCUGAAGACCCUCAGCCUGAUGGCUCUCAUCUGUCUGCGCAUCGGCAGGGAGACGGUGCAGCGACACAUGGUAGAAACCUUGAAACGCUUCUUCACCAUCUUCUCCCUGCUGCAGUGCCUACAGGGACAGGUAAACACUGGCCUUACUAGAAGGCAGGCAUUCUGACACUGUAUAUAUUAAACGCAAAAACUUUUAAGUGAAGUUAGGCUGGUUAAAAGCCAGGAAAUUCAAAUAUAUCCGUUUUGAUAUGUGAGCUCAAUCUUUUGACAUAUGUUAAGUGGUGAGACUUUUUUAUUAUUUAAUUCCAUUGUGUGGCGCAGAUGGAGAGCGCCCCCCCGCAGGGAGGUGGGAGAAUGCACCCUGCUGGAUGUAUGUACGCUGGAGGGGUCAGAGGUGACGUGUGAGCUGGGGGUUCUGGAGGAGCUGCAGGCCGUGUUUAACCCUGAGAUGGCAUACGCCUCCUACAUCCCCUUCUACUGCCUCAUAGGUGAGACACACACACACACACACACACACACACACACACACACACACACACACACACACACACACACACACACACAGACAGACAGGUAGGCACACACACAGACAGGCAGACACACACACACAAACACACACAGACAGGCAGACACACACACACACACACACACAGAGAGACAGGUAGCCACACACACACACACACACACACACACAGACAGGUAGACACACAUACACAAACACACACACACACACACACACACACAGGCAGGCAGACACACACAGGCAGGUAGACACACACACAGACAGGUAGACACACACACAGACAGGCAGACACACACACACACACACACACACAGACAGGCAGACACACACACAGAGACAGGCAGACACACACACACACACACACAGACAGGCAGACACACACACACACACAGACAGACAGGUAGACCCACACAAACCAUUUUAUAAAUGCAUACAAUCCAUCUUAAAAACUGAAUUCUAUAUGUUCCUUAUAUGUCCUUGAUGGUUCUCAAAGCAUUGUGUCCUCUAGCCCUCUCAGGUGAUGUAGCGAUCCGUAAGCUGGUUUCCAACCACGAGCUGGUCUGGAGGUGAGCCCUGGCAGUCCUGAUGCCAACCCCCCAGCAGGGUCCAAGGACAGGGUAGAGAUGCCCCCCACCACCUCCUCCAUUGGCCCCUCCCCUGGUCUGGGACGCCAUGUGGGCCGCAGCCCCUUCCCUGCCCACUACAACUCCUCCACACCCCUGGGCUCAGACACCCUCCCAGAGUCAGGCACCUUUGGCAGUCAUCUGGAGGGAAACCGCAUCCAAGUAGCCCGGGACUCUGAGCUGGGGGGUGGGAGCCCCAACCUGGGCUUGUUAGACAACUGGGGCCACCCCCGGCCUAGUCAUACUCAGCCUGUCAUCUCGUCUGCCUCCACCUUCACCACUCCAUCCCUGGGCCCCUCCUCCUUCUCCUCCUCCUCCUGGGUGGUGGGUCCUACCCCCGAGGACAGCGCUCUGAAACAGGAGCUCCCUCGCAGCGGCCGCUCCCUGCAGGGCAACUGGCUGGCCUACUGGCAGUACGAGAUCGGUCUCAACCAGCAGGAUCCCCACUUCCACUUCCACCAGAUGGGUGGGCCAUUCGGGCACGGCUAA